CCGGGCGCGCUUCGCUAUUUCAAAACUCAUAACGUUUUCUUUUUUUCAUAGAAAAGUUUAAUUCUAAAGCUCUCUGUGCCAUGUGUGCAAUCGUUACGGAAGAGUGUAAUUAAUUAUAGUCAUAUAACGAUCGCAUAACUCUUACAACGGUUCUUCUGUGCCAAUGGCAAGUAAGAAGUUACGAAGGACGGGCGUCUCAGCGGAACUCUGCGAGCGACUCAAGCGCCAUCAACUGGAAACCUGUCAGGAUGUCCUGUCCAUCACACCAGUGGAGCUCAUGCGGCUGGCUGGACUCAGUUACCCCGCGGCUCUGGAGCUCCUGCAGCUGCUCAGUAGAGCCUGUGCCCCGGCUGUGAGCCGCGCAUGGGAUUUGUGGAGGAAGAAAGGAGAGCUGUGUUUCUCCACAUCACUUCCUGCCCUGGACACAUUACUGCGUGGAGGACUGCCGAGGGGUGCUCUCACUGAGGUGACCGGCCCGUCAGGCUGUGGAAAGACUCAGCUGUGUAUGAUGCUCAGUGUUUUGGCUACGCUGCCGAGGACUAUGGGAGGUCUGGACAGCGGGGUCAUCUUCAUCGACACAGAGUCGGCGUUCUCUGCUGAAAGAUUGGUCGAAAUGGCACAGGCCAGAUUCCCAGAGUUCUUCUCGGUGAAGGAGCGUCUGCUGGAGAUGGCAUCUCGUGUUCAUCUCUUCAGGGAACUCACCUGCCAGGACGUCCUGAAUAGGCUGGAGCGUCUGGAGGAAGACAUAAUUGCGUGUCGAGCCGGGCUCCUUAUUUUGGAUUCUGUGGCUUCUGUUGUGAGGAAGGAGUUUGACACGUCGCUGCCGGGAAAUCUAACGUUCAGGAGUAACUUACUGGGCCAGGAAGCCGCUGUACUCAAGUACCUCUCGCAGGCCUUCUGCAUCCCAGUGGUUUUAACUAACCAGAUCACCACACGUGUGGGCGAGAAGGUUCACUGUCCUCAGUGGAAUCAGGCAAAUGUAUCUAAGGAGGAGGACUCAGGUUUUGUGACAGCGGCGCUUGGAAACACAUGGAGUCACAGUGUUAACACACGCCUCAUCGUCCAGUACGAGGACACAGAACGGAGACAGAUUGUCAUAGCAAAAUCACCUGUGGCCCCUUUUGCCGUGCUGAGCUACACUGUUCAGAAGGAGGGCAUCCGUCUUGAGGCCUUGGCUCACAAAGGACAAAACGAGGCUCUUAUUAAGCUGCCCCUUUGCCAGGCCACAUGGAGGAUUUGCGAGUUCAGUGGGAUCUGCAGGAACAACAAGGGAACAACGAAACUCUUCAUUCUGUCAGGAAAGCAUGGCAGAGGAUCCUGGACCUACAGGAAUGAAAACCCAGAAAGUGUUUUAAACCAAGGAACAGAUCCAGGGCUUCAGCCAAUCAGAGUGAGGACGGGGUUCAUCUGCAACCUUUCCCAGGCCACACCUUCUACUGGUUAAGAACUUCCUUUGGCCCCAGAAUGCAGUGGCCGUUAUUGCCAUAUUUAAAGGCCAAUAAACAAAUGUGAAGUGACUAAUGUUUUCUAUGUCAGUUCAACUCUCAAUGCCGUCCAUUAUCUGAAGAGAACGAUGUGUGAUGAUGCAUUUGAACAUCAAGGUUAUUUCGAUGGUCAUUUGGUGACUAUAGUGACUACCAUGAGGUAUACAGAAUUUAAUAUUUAUCAUCCACCAUAGCUAUUCCUAACACCAUGCCUGCUCUAUUAUUUCUUUCAGGUACAAGCUAUGGUUAACCAUUGCAGGAACAUGUGGUAGACACAAAGUAGACGGAUUGGACUUUGUAGAACAUUACCUCCAUUCUCAUCCAGUUAGAAAACUGCAACAUCAGUCAGCUAUUGAUUGACAGAUGUAUUUUUCCUCUCGCUGCUCGUGUGAUAAGACAGCAGUCUUGGACAAACGCUUCUUGACCCUGGCUGGCCGUUGCCAUGGAUUCUGUUCCCAUGACUCCUGUUCCCAUGGUUCCUUCUGCCUUAAAGGGAAGUUUGUCUGAUUAGAUGAACAAUGGUGUUAUUUUGGGUGGUUCCCCCUUUUUCGCCUUGUUUUGCGUUUCAUUGUAUAUGUGCACAGAUACGCAUUGACACAUUCUUUGUAUUUAUUUUUAUGACUUGUUCCUUCCUAGUACAGCUUUUAUAUAGAGUUCUAACAUUAAUAAAUGCAAACUCAAGGUCUUCCAAACUCUUAA